AUGUCGUCCUCCCCUAAUAUGUUAACCAAGUUCGAGUCAAAAUCUUCCAGGGCGAAAGGUCUUGCCUUUCAUCCCAAGAGACCGUGGAUCCUCGUCACACUCCAUUCAUCCACCAUCCAACUCUGGGAUUAUCGUAUGGGUACUCUGAUUGAUAGAUUCGAAGAGCACGAUGGCCCAGUCCGUGGCGUCGACUUUCACAAAACCCAACCUCUCUUUGUGUCCGGCGGUGACGAUUACAAGAUCAAGGUGUGGUCAUACCAAACAAGACGAUGCCUCUUCACUCUCAAUGGCCACUUGGAUUACGUUCGUACCGUGUUCUUUCACCACGAGCUUCCUUGGAUCAUUUCUUCAUCGGAUGAUCAGACAAUUCGAAUCUGGAACUGGCAGAACCGCUCGCUAAUCUGCACUAUGACCGGACACAAUCACUACACCAUGUGCGCCCAAUUUCAUCCGAAAGAAGAUCUCGUCGUAUCCGCCUCCCUCGAUCAAACUGUCCGUGUCUGGGAUAUUUCCGGGCUUCGAAAGAAGCACUCCGCCCCUACGUCCAUGAGCUUCGAGGACCAGGUCGCUCGCUCCAACCAGAACCAAACUGAUAUGUUUGGAAACACUGAUGCUGUCGUCAAAUUCGUCUUGGAGGGCCACGAUCGCGGUGUCAACUGGGUUGCUUUCCAUCCUCAUAUGCCCUUGAUCGUUUCAGCUGGUGAUGAUCGGCUGGUAAAGCUUUGGCGCAUGAGCGAAACCAAGGCUUGGGAGGUGGACACUUGCCGAGGACACUUUCAAAACGCAGAGGGAUGCUUGUUUCACCCUCAUCAAGACUUGAUUCUCUCGACAGGUGGCGACAAGACUAUCCGGGUGUGGGAUUUGAACAAGAGAACGGCGGUACAAACAUUCAAGCGCGAGAAUGACAGGUUCUGGGUAAUCGCCGCACAUCCACAAAUUAACUUAUUCGCCGCUGGUCAUGAUAAUGGUGUUAUGGUCUUCAAGUUGGAGCGUGAGCGACCUGCCUCUGCUGUUCACCAGAAUGCACUUUUUUUCCUAAGCAAGGAGAAGCUCGUCAAGUCGUAUGAUUUCCAGAAGAACAUUGAGAGCCCGACUCUUCUCUCCUUGAAGAAGCUGGGCAGUGCGUGGGUUGCGCCUCGAACUCUGUCAUAUAACCCCGCUGAGAGGUCUGUCCUCGUAACGACUUCUGCCGAUGACGGCUCAUAUGAGCUUGUCAAUCUUCCAAAGGAAGGCAGUGGUAACAUUGAGCCCACUGAAUCCAAACGUGGUCCUGGAAGUUCGGCCAUAUUUGUGGCCAGAAACAGAUUUGCUGUUCUCAAUCUCUCCACCCAGACCAUCGAAAUCAAGGACCUAUCAAACACAACGACGCGGUCUUUUAAAGCGCCAUCCGGCACUACUGAUAUUUAUUUUGGUGGCACAGGCAACUUGCUCAUUAUUACCGCUACUGCCGUUCAUCUCUACGACAUUCAACAGAAGAAGAGCACAGCUGAGCUUGUAGUCAACGGUGUGAAGUACGUGGUCUGGUCCAACGACGGUCUAUAUGCAGCGCUUCUCAGCAAGCACAAUGUUACCAUUGUCACCAAGACGCUUGAGCAAGUGAGCACGCUGCAUGAAACUAUCAGAAUCAAGAGCGCGACUUGGGACGAUGCUGGUGUGCUUCUGUACUCCACCUUGAAUCACGUGAAGUACACCCUUCUCAACGGUGAUAACGGCAUCGUCAGAACGCUGGAUCAAACCGUAUAUCUUGUCCGUGUCAAGGGACGCAAUGUCUACUGCCUGGACAGGUCUGCAAAGCCGCGCAUCCUCCAGAUUGACCCCACAGAAUAUCGUUUCAAACUCGCGCUGGUUAAGCGCAAUUAUGAGGAAAUGCUUCACAUCAUCCGCAAUUCUAGUCUCGUCGGUCAAUCUAUCAUCUCAUAUCUUCAACAGAAGGGGUACCCCGAUAUUGCUCUGCAAUUUGUUCAAGACCCUACCACCAGAUUUGAUCUCGCGAUCGAAUGCGGCAACUUGGAUGUUGCGGUAGAAAUGGCCAAAGAAAUUGACAAGCCCAAAUUCUGGAACAGACUCAGUAUUGAGGCUUUGUCCCAUGGCAACCACCAAGUCGUUGAAAUGUGCUACCAAAAAUUGAAGCAGUUCGACAAGCUGUCUUUUCUUUACCUGGCUACCGGGGAUCAUUCUAAGCUUUCGCGUAUGGCUAAGAUUGCUGAGCACCGUGGCGACUUCACUGCUCGAUUUCACAAUGCUCUGUACCUGGGUGAUGUCAAGGAUCGUAUCCAAAUUUUCAAGGAAAUUGAUCUUUACCCCCUGGCCUACAUGGCUGCCAAGUCCCAUGGUCUUGAGGAAGAAUGUCAGGCCAUUCUAGAGGCCACUGGAAUCACGGAAGACCAACUAACGGUGCCCACUCUUGGGAAACCUUUUGCUUCACCUAAGCCUAUUGUACCGACCUUCAAGCAGAACUGGCCUACGAAGUUUACAUCUCAGUCAUUCUUUGAAAAGGCACUUCUCGGCCAAGUGGAAGGUCUUUCCCUCGAAGACAAUACUGAUGCUGCGGCCGGGUUUGAAGACGCUAUGGAAGACGGCGGCGCGUCGGCUCACGGAGCGGCCACUGUAGAUGACGAUGAUGAAGAUGUCGCCGGCUGGGAUAUGGGCGAUGAAGACCUACCCGAGGCUGACAGCGACUUCGUGAAUGUGGAUACCGCCGAUGCUGGAGGCGCCGGCAGCAGCGAAGCUGAUCUGUGGGCUCGCAACUCGCCCCUUGCGGUAGACCAUAUUGCUGGCGGUUCCUUUGAGACAGCCAUGCAGCUGCUAAACCGCCAGGUUGGUGCGGUCAGCUUUGCUGCGUUGAAACCUCGUUUUUUGGAGGUCUACAAGGCAUCCAGAACCUUUCUUCCCGCGUCCGCCGGUUUGCCACCUCUUAUUAACUACAUACGCCGCACAAUCGAUGAAAGUGAUCUUCGCCAGGUACUUCCUAUCGUUCCUCGAGAUCUCGAAUAUCUCGCUGCCAAUGAGCUGCAGCGCGGGUACGAUUCCAUGAAGACGAACAAUUUGGAAAAUGGUGUCAAGAUCUUCAAGGGCAUCUUGCACACAAUUCUCGUGAACGCCGUAUCAAGUGAAGGCGAGGUUGCCGAGGCUAAGAAGCUCAUUACUUCAGCCAGCGAGUACGCUGUCGCUAUGAGCAUUGAGCUCGCUCGAAGACAAUUAGGCGCAGCAGAUGUCGUAGCAGGUGAUGUCGAAAAGCUGAAGCGAAGCCUUGAACUCUCGGCAUACUUCACGAUACCAAAGAUCGAGGUUCCCCAUAGGCAACUCGCUCUGCUCAGCGCCAUGCAACUGGCAAGCAGAAAUAGAAACUACAAUAGUGCUCUGAGCUUUGCCAACCGCAUCAUUGCGAAUGGUGGCGCUAGCAAAAUUGUAGAUGCGGCGAAGAAGGCCAAGGCAGCAUGUGAGCGCAGUCCUAACGAUGCUAUUGAAAUCGAGUUCGAUCAAUUCGCCGAGUUCGAGGUUUGCGCGGCCAGCUUUACACCGAUUUAUAGCGGAACAUCGUACGAAGAGUGCGCUUUUGACGGAUCUAAGUAUCAUUCCAAAUACAAGGGCACUUUGUGCAAGGUUUGCGAGGUUUGUGAGGUUGGUAAGCAUGGAAGCGGGCUGCGGCUAGUUGCAUAG